CUCACCGGUGCCGAGCAAAAAUGCCGCAGUUCAGGCGUCGGGCUUUCCAACGGUGCCGUUCCAACGAGCCGUUCGAGCACUCCACCUUCUGGGCCCACACCUGCUCCUCUCUCCUCAUCUUCUUCGGCCUCUUCCUCUCCAUCCACGACUGCUACAGCCGGAGUGGUCGUGGUUGGUCCAGCCGCCGAGCUGGCUCAAUUGGCCGCCACGCCUUGGCCCAGCCUCCUAGAGGCUAAUCGCCGUCGGUCGCGACAGCUUGUUGGGCAGCGCGCUAGACACCAGUAUGCACUCGCCGGUCUAGACGCAGAGUUAGACAGAACAAAGUACGAAAAUUAG